CCGCCGGUGCUCAUCGGGCGCCAUGUUUGCGGUCAAGCGGAACGCCGUCAUCGGCUUCAACCUCUACUGCGGCGGUGGAGGCCCGGGCCUGGUGCCCGCUUCGCCAGCAGGAGAUCAAACCCCGCCGCCCCCCGCCGCCGCUCCGGCCGCCACCGCCGCUGAGGUACCGCGGCCUCUGAUUGGUUCCGCGGGGCGGUGGGCCGCCGGCGGCCGCGCCGAAGCCCCCCGCGCUCCGAUUGGCUCCGAAGCGACUCCCCGCGUUCCGCUUGGUUCCGCCGCUGUCCGCCGUCUGCCGUCGGACUCCGCGCCGCGGCCCGUCGCGCUGUGGAGCCCCGAGGAGGAGUUGGACGGCUGCGAGCCCGAGUCCGAACGCGGCCCAGGAGGCGAUUCGUUACCCAGCACGCCGCCCGAGCUGCCCGACGAGCUGCGGCGGGACUCCUUGGAGCUCAUCCUCCGGUACCUCCGGGAGGCGGCCGGAGAGGCCGAGCCUGGCGUUAAGAAGCUUUUUCCGGGGCUCUUGGGAGGGCCGGGGCGGCCCGGCAGGACGGGCGGAGCCGUCAUGGAGAAAGCGCUGGAAACGCUGCGGAGGGUCGGGGACGGAGUGAUGCAGAAACACGAAUUGGCCUUCCAGGGUGCGUGGAAACGGGAAACGGGA